GCGGUCUGCAAACAUGUUGGCCUUCGCUGCCAGGGCGCUGCUGAAUGAGCCAUAGCCCGGAAGGGCCAGGCUUUGGUGAAGGCUGACCCAAAGGGCCCCAAGUCCUCGAGAAAAACAAGGGAUGGACAGGACACGCAGCAGCCGUGAUCCACUGUGGCCCCUCUCCCAGUGUCUGCUCUUACAGCAACCACAAUUUUCAGGACUGAUUUUAGAGCAGUGUGAAGCCCCCGGGCUUCCUCAAGCCCUUCUCCUUGAUGAAAGUUUCGGGCCGCUUCAAGGCACACCAGGACUCUCUGCCCCGGCUGCCCGUGCCCCCACUCCAGCAGUCCCUGGACCAUUACCUCAAGGCGCUGCAGCCUAUCGUGAGCGAGGAGGAGUGGGCCCAGACCAAGCAGCUGGUGGAAGAGUUCCAGACCUCAGGGGGCGUCGGGGAGCGCCUGCAGAAAGGGCUGGAACGCAGGGCCAAGAAGUCUGAGAACUGGCUGUCCGAGUGGUGGCUGAAAACGGCCUACCUGCAGUACCGCCAGCCCCUGGUCAUCCACUCCAGCCCUGGCUUAAUGCUGCCCAAGCAGGACUUCAUGGAUCUGCAGGGCCAGCUCCGGUUCGCUGCCAAACUCAUCGAGGGUGUGUUGGACUUCAAGGCUAUGAUUGACAAUGAGACCCUGCCCGUGGAAUACCUGGGGGGGAAGCCGCUGUGCAUGAACCAGUACUACCAGAUCCUGUCCUCCUGCCGCAUGCCUGGCCCCAAACAGGACACAGUGGUCAACUUCAGCAAGGUCAAGAAGCCGCCCCUGCACAUCACCGUGGUGCACAACUUCCAGUUCUUUGAGCUGGAUGUAUACCACAGCGACGGGACGCCCCUGACCUCGGAUCAGAUCUUUGUGCAGCUGGAGAAGAUCUGGAACUCAUCGCUGCAAACCAACAAAGAACCCGUGGGCAUCCUCACUUCCAACCACCGCAACUCCUGGGCCAAGGCAUACAACACCCUCAUCAAAGACAAGGUGAACCGGGAGUCGGUACGCUCCAUCCAGCAGAGCAUCUUCACCAUGUGCCUGGACGCACCCAUGCCGCGGGUUGCCAAGGAGGAAUACCUCAGCCAUGUGGCUGGCCAGAUGCUGCACGGGGGCGGUGGCCCGCUCAACAGCGGCAACCGCUGGUUCGACAAGACGCUGCAGUUCAUUGUGGCAGAAGACGGCUCGUGUGGGCUUGUGUAUGAGCACGCAGCAGCAGAGGGGCCCCCCAUCAUCUCCCUCGUGGACCACGUCAUGGAGUUCACGAAGAAACCUGAGAGCGUGCGGUCUCCCAUGGUGCCCCUGCCCAUGCCCAGGAAGCUGCGAUUCAACAUCAUGCCUGAGAUCAAGAAGGACAUUGAGAAGGCCAAGCAGAACCUGGGCAUUAUGAUCCAGGACCUGGACAUCAGGUUGAUGGUGUUCCACCACUUUGGAAAAGAUUUCCCCAAGUCACAGAAGCUGAGCCCAGAUGCCUUCAUCCAGGUGGCACUACAGCUGGCCUACUACAGGAUCUACGGGCAUGCAUGUGCCACAUACGAAAGCGCCUCCCUGCGCAUGUACCACCUGGGCCGCACCGACACCAUCCGCUCAGCCACCAUGGAGUCCCUGGUCUUUGUCAAGGCCAUGGAUGACUCCAGUAUGCUGGAGAACCAGAAGAUAGAGCUGCUGCGGAGAGCUGUGCAGGCCCAUCGAGCCUACACGGACCGGGCCAUCCGCGGGGAGGCCUUUGACCGGCACCUGCUGGGCCUAAAGCUGCAGGCCAUCGAGGACCUGGUGAGCAUGCCCGACAUCUUCAUGGACACCUCGUACGCCAUCGCCAUGCACUUCAACCUCUCCACCAGCCAGGUCCCCGCCAAGACAGACUGCGUCAUGUUUUUUGGGCCUGUGGUCCCAGAUGGCUACGGCGUCUGCUAUAACCCCGGGGCGGCCCACAUCAACUUCUCCGUGUCAGCCUACAACAGCUGUGCGGAGACCAACGCCGCACACCUGGCACGCUCCCUGGAGAAGGCACUCCUGGACAUGCGCGCCCUGCUGCAGGGCCACCCCUGGGCCAAGCUCUAGGCCUGUGCGCCGGCCUGCCCAGGCCACCACCAGCUCCCCUUGGGGUGGGCUAAGGGCUUCUGUUGUCCUUUGUUCUCUCUUUCCUUGGCCCCCGCCCCCUCCCCCCAGAUCUGACUGAACCCAGGUUGGCAUCCCCAGAAGGGCCUGCAGGCCGAGCCAAGUGCCUUCCAUGAGUCAACCCUGCCGGGGCCCCAGUCCUGGACUAAGCAAGAUCUAAGACCCAGGCGCCCAGUGUUUUGCCCGCAGAGGCCUCCUCCAGGGAAAAGGGGCAGCCGAAUCUGUCCCUCGCCAGUUCAGCUCUGGCCAGUCCCUGCCAUCUGUGUGGCCAGGCCAGGGUCUGUACCACAAACCCCAAGCUCCCCCAAGGACCCGAAGAGAGAAUUACCUGUUGCUGGGGUCGCCAGGCCUCCCAAGGCUGAAAUCAGGAUGGAGGUGAGCUGGCGAGAGGAAGCCCAAGGCCUGGCCUCAGCCAGCCGGCGCCGCAGCAUCACCGCCAAGGCUGCCGUGCUCCUGGACAACGUGGCUCACGAGUCCCGGCUCUCACUUCUACACAGCUUGACUCCUGCGCCACAGCAGUGGUUGUAUAAUAUGAACAUGUGAGGCCUUUAAUAAAGGGGGAGUCUGUGACGAGAUAUUUCAACUGAGGGAGCAGACAGGGUGAUGAUGGACACCUGGCCUUUUCCCAGCUUCCCCUGCAUCUGGGCAGACGGAGGAGUCAGGAGAGACCCUCGGGCCUGGGUCAGGGACCAAGGGCCAGCUCCAGCCUCGGGCGCGCUAGACCAGGAGAUACCAGACCCAGCUGCGUGCUUCAGACAUGCUCGCUACUUAACCCGUGACUUGGGCUCCCCACCUCGUGGGCUGUGCUGGCCACUGCCCACGAGCUCCUCUGGCCCUCCCAGCUGCCCUGGGUGUUGGCUGGUGGUGUGUCCCCAGGGCCCUGUCCUGUAGCCCCACCCUAGGCUGGCAGGAGCAACGGCCCAGGGGGCAGCUCACCCCCAGACACAGCCUGGGACCACCUGUCACCCAUCAGAAAGCCCAGAGGGCUAUUGGUGGGAAGAGAGACCUCUCCUUCAGGGGGCCAUUCUGGCCUUAAGAACAUCCAUGUAGAACCCCAGAGAAGAGGGCAAGGGAUUGGGGGUGUGGUCCCUGAGCUGCGGGUGAAGUGCUGCUGGCUUGGCCAGCUGUGACCUGUCCCCCAAGAAGAGGCAUCCUGUGGCUCCUCCACUUUUCAGAUGAGAAGACGAGGCUCAGAGGUUAUGGUCACCAGGCUGCUAAACGGCAGAGCAGUGAUUCACCGAGGCCGUGUUUGCCUCCCUCAGACCAGAGCCUGAGGAGCCCCAUAGCCGAGCCGCCAGCCCCACGCCACGCUCACCCAGGCCACCCAGGGCAGAGGGGAAGGGAGGCGGCAGAUGGAAACUCUCCAGAGCCCGGCCCAGGGCAGUGAGGAGAGAGGGCCCAGGGCCGAAGCUUGGACACUGGCCAGGGGAGCACAGCUGUGUUAGGUUUAACAAAUCCCAUGGUCAUCGUUGAGGGAGGCUGGGAGAGGAACUGCCACUGGCCUGUAGUCCAGGGCACAAGAGGUAGAGCCCAGGCAAUAGGGGGGAAGGUGGUGUCCUAGGCCUGGCCACCCUGGGGAGCCAGCAAGGCCGGCAGGGUGUGGCCAGGGAGCAGCUGUGGGAAUGCCCCUGGCGGGGCUGAGAGCAGGAGCUGGAAGAGAGUUCUGCCACCAGGGCGCCCCACUUGCUCAGCCCCGGGUCUGCUCUGCACCCAGGGCUGAUGCUCCCCAUCUGGGGGUGCUGUGCGAGUAGUGCUAAGGUGGCCACUCCCAACCCAGCCUAGAGGGGACACUGGACAAGUGUCCCAAAACUCAAGUUACAAGGACCAAGUGGGCCUCUAUAAGGAGGGUUUCCUCCCCAAAACUCCCCUUCAGAAAUGAGGGCUUCCGGGGCGCCGGCGUUGCCUCAGGUCUCCAAUGGAGGCUGGCUCAGUUCUUCAGGGAUGUGUGGGGUGCUGGUGGGGAGAAAAGGCAGACGCCAUGAAGAUGUGGAGCUGAUUCCCAAGGUGUGGCCUGUGGUCUCACCCCUUGUGUGCGUCUGAGGCAGAACAAGCAAGAGGCUCGAAGCUUCUCCGGCCACUGGGGGAGGUGAGUGGAGUGUCCACAGGCGCGUUAUGCCAACCAGCUGAGCCCAGAGAUAUUUCCCGAGACAGCAUCAGGCAGAAAAUCAAGAAAGUGUGUUGUGGGCCUCCCCGGUGGCGCAGCGGUUGAGCGCUGGGUUGUGAAGCUGCCCGCAGCCUCUGCGGCGCCGGUUCGAUCCCCGGCUGCUCCCCGGCCACCGAAGGAGGGUCCCACAUGGUGAGCGGACCUCUCCUGCCGCCCGCUGCUCCCCUCAGCAGUGUACUUCGGUCCUUCUGCCUGCUCUGCUCCCCACUCUGGCUCUGGUGAAUUCUCUCACCCUCCCGCGCUUCUGACUGUACCAGUGCAUGUAUAAACAAACAAAUAAAUAAAUAAAAU